AUGGAUUCCGGAUCCACGGCCGCUCUAGGGGAAGCGUGUUCGAGCAAGUCCAACUGCACGGAUCCGGUGGCGGAGUGCAGCGGUAACCCCAGCGUAUGUGCAUGCCCGACCACGCACUACGACAGCAACGGACAGUCGGGCGCAGGCGUCUGUCUUCAAAGCAGUGUUGCCAUUUUGAAGAAGGAAACGUAUAUUUCCAUUGUAGAGAGGAGCUUUGGCAGCAAGUGCAAUGUGCAAGCCCAAUGUAUCACCACAUCCUCGGAGUGUCAACUAGAGAAGUGUGCUUGCGGGGCUGACAGAUAUCACACCACUGAUACUGACGCAUGCGUCACAAAGCUUGCUGACGGUGCAAUCGGGUGUACAGAUGCUGGGACCCAGUGCGCCACCCAGGGGUCUGUGUGUACUGAGAGGACAUGUGCAUGUGCCGAAGAGAAUUUCAGCAAGGACGGUCGUUGUGUACCCAAAAUUGCUUAUGACAGCACUGGUUGCUUGAAUGACAACCACUGUUUGACAUCUGGAGCCGUUUGCUCAGGAAGCAAAUGCCUCUGUGUGAACGCUAAAUACCACCAAGUGGCUAGUGAUGCAUGCUUGGAAAAAAAGCAGAUUGGGUUUGUGUGUGUGUCAAAGUCUGAAUGUGCCACCACUGGGGCAGAUUGUCUGGAAGGCAAAUGUGCAUGUCCAGUUGCCAUGUAUCUCAUGGCUACAGAAUGCAAAACAAAGGUUACCAACGGAGAGAUAUGCACGUUAAAUGAGGCCUGCGCAACGACUGGAGCAAAAUGUGUGAACGGGUCAUGCCACUGUGACGCGAACACAGAGUUCAUACAAGGGAAUGCUUGUACAGCAAAGAAAUCCUUCAACAGUUCAUGUACCACUGACAAAGAGUGCCAGACGACCAGUUCAAAGUGCCUCAACCAGAAAUGUACAUGUGAGGCUGCCAGUUUCCAUGACGUCCAGGCAGACAAAUGUCUACUAAAACUUGCAUAUUAA